AUGCUUUCAUUCAUUAUGUAGGCUGCAUUUUUCAACUUGGAAGGGUUGAGUAUCACCCACUUGAAAAACUUGGAGAUGAUAUGGCAGAGCAAAGUACAUGCAGAUUCCUUUUCCAAACUAAAAUCUUUAAGAGUUGAAAACUGUGAAAAGUUAUUGACUAUUUUUCCUUCUACUGAGGCUGCAUUUCUCAACUUGGAACAGUUGACUAUCACCCAAUCAAAAAACUUGAAGAUGAUAUGGCGGAGCAAGGCUGCAUUUCUCAACUUGGAACAGUUGACUAUCACCCAAUCAAAAAACUUGAAGAUGAUAUGGCAGAGCAAAGUACAUGCAAAUUCAUUUUCCAAACUGAAAUAAUUAACUGUUGAAAACUGUGAAAAGUUAUUGACUGUUUUCCCUUCUACAAAGGCUGCAUUUCUCAACUUGGAAGAGUUAACUAUCACCCACUUGAAAAACUUGGAGAUGAUAUCGCAGAGCAAAAUACAUGCAGAUUCCAUUUCCAAACUGAAGUCAUUAACAGUUGAAAAUUGUGAAAAGUUAUUGACUUUUUUUCCUUCUACUGAGGCUGCCUUUUUCAACUUGGAAGAGUUGAGUAUCACCCACUUGAAAAACUUGGAGAUGAUAUGGCAGAGCAAAGUAUAUACAGAUUCUUUUUCCAAACUUAAGUCAUUAACAGUUGAAAACUGUGAAAAGUUGUUGACUGUUUUUCCUUCUACUGAGGUAAUGUGUUCUUCAUUUCACUUUCCUUUUGGUUUUAAUUUUAAGGGCUAAUAAUUGUCCUUAUCCUUU